GUUCUUUAGUGGAUGAUGAAUCAUUGAUCGGCGUCUUGAGGACAACCAAACAAACUGCCACAGAAGUAUCUGAAAAAUUGGAAGUUGCAGGAGAAACUGAGAAAAAAAUUAACACUGCUCAAGAGGAAUAUCGUCCUGCUGCUACACGAGGAAGCAUUCUUUAUUUUCUUAUCACUGAAAUGAGUAUGGUCAAUAAUAUGUACCAAACAUCACUAGCUCAGUUCUUAAAACUGUUUGACCAGUCCAUGGCUAGAUCUGAUAAGUCUCCUAUUCCACAGAAAAGGAUAUCAAAUAUUAUUGAGUUCUUGACAUAUGAAACUUUCACAUACUCUGUCAGAGGUUUAUAUGAAAACCACAAAUUUCUCUUUACGUUGCUUCUGACAUUAAAAAUUGAUCUUCAGAGAGGUCAGGUUAAGCCAAAAGAAUUCCAAGCACUCAUUAAAG